AUGUCCACUCCCAUCAACGCGGGCAUGGCCAGACUCUCUCUCGCCGCCGCCGGCAACAACGAGGAAGGAGCUCGCAAGCCGUUCCCUGCCGCUGCUCAACCUAUGGAGGCCGAAAGGCCUUCCUCGAGCUUCAUCAGCCGCAGGGAUCUUGCGCUUGCGUCUCUCGCUCAUGCCAACAUUGCCGAUAUGGAACCGGUCAGACAAGCCAUCCUUGACUACCGCUUCUUCGCGCGCGAUGGAACCAGACUGAACCUUGGCUGGACCAUCCAAGACAGCAACCUUGAGUGCAACCACCCUGGUCCCUGGACCGACUUCCGAGGCCAGCGAGUCCCACUGCCUCGGCCCGUCUACUACAACCAGAUGUUCGACGAGGAAGGUGUUCUACUCUGCGAGGACGGCAGAUCCGGCGAGAAGUGCCGUGUCUGGCACCCUGGGUUCUUCACUGCUACAAGUGCGAUACCUAUGUCUGCAGAAAGUGCCAGAUCCAGCAUCAAAUCCCAGAGUACAACACCAAGCACCGCCAGCGUCCUGCAAAGAAGAAGAGAGAUGCGAAGCGUGCCGGCGAGCGUGAGGAUUACGCUCUGGCUCAGGAGUUCGCUUCGCAUCAGUUGA